AGUCUAGUACCCACCUGGCAGCCGAACUGCCCCGAGACCUUCCAUCCGGUCCUGUGGGUUUGUGGUUGGUGGUCUACCCUCUCUCUCUCUCUCUCUGUCGCUAUCCCCCUGGUCCUACCGUCACCUCCCUUCCUAUAUAUCUAAGAGUGUCGCUCCGGAUCCCGGAGUCGUCUUGGCUCUCCUCUCCCUGUUCCAUGACCCCCCUUCUCCCUUUCCUCAAGAGGCACUCUAAGCACUCCAGUGGGAUGCCGGCCUACUGCCUUCAAGAUUGCCACUACUUCUACCGCACAGCUCUGCGCGGGCUGAACAUCAGCACCAACGUCUCGCCUCUUUAUGCAUAAGGCUGCGCGGGCUGCCUGCUAACUGAAACAUGCCUACCCAAGUCCGUAUCUUUACUAUGCCAAGGUCUCUCGGCGAGACCCUAGCAGUACAACCACCAGUUCCAGCACGAGAGGUCCCCCGGUCUAUUCCAGAGCUUCCCAAUAGAGCCAGGUCCCCCGCCAUCUCCACCCACAAACCAAACGGCCACUUUCACGCCAUGUCUGUGCAUGACGAGAAGCCCAAGGGUGGCGUUACCUUUGCCUACCAGGACAAGCUUCCGAAGCUCCCUAUCCCCGAGCUCGCCGAAUCAUGCCAGAAGUACCUUACUGCCCUGAAGCCCCUGCAAUCUCCGCGAGAGCAUGCAGAGACCAAGCAUGCAGUUCAGGAGUUCCUCAAGCACGAUGGUAAUGAGCUACAGGAGAAGUUGAGGAGGUACGCUGAGGGGAGGACAAGCUACAUUGAGCAGUUUUGGUAUGACUCGUACUUGAACUUUGACAAUCCCGUUGUCUUGAACCUGAACCCGUUCUUCCUGCUUGAAGAUGAUCCGACUCCCGCCAGGGGCAAUCAGAUCACCCGGGCGGCAUCACUCGUGGUAUCUUCACUGGAGUUUGUGAGGGCUGUGCGCAAGGAGGAGCUGCCUCCUGACAUGGUUAAGGGCAUCCCGCUCGACAUGUACCAAUACGCUAGGCUCUUUGGUACUGCCAGGGUGCCCACCGAGUCCGGGUGCCAGAUUGAACAGGAUCCCGAGUCCAAGCACAUAAUCGUCAUGUGCCACGGGCAGUUCUACUGGUUCGACGUAUUGGACGACGACUCCGAUCUGAUCAUGUCAGAGAAGGACAUCGCCAUCAACCUGCAGACCAUUAUCGACGAUGCAACCCAGACCCCGAUCCAGGAGGCCGCCAAGGGCGCCCUCGGUGUAUUGAGCACGGAGAACCGGAAGGUUUGGUCUGGGCUGAGAGAUGUCCUGACCAGGGAAGAGGGGUCCAACAAUGCCGACUGCCUGAAUAUUGUCGAUUCAGCUCUCUUUGUCCUGUGCCUGGAUUACGCGGAGCCGGCCAACGUGGGAGACCUCUGUCAGAACAUGCUGUGCGGGACGAGCGAGAUCGAGAAGGGAGUCCAGAUUGGCACCUGUACCAACCGCUGGUACGACAAGCUUCAGAUUAUUGUGUGCAAGAACGGAAGUGCCGGCAUCAACUUCGAACACACCGGCGUGGAUGGCCAUACCGUUCUCCGAUUUGCUAGCGAUGUCUACACCGAUACCAUCCUUCGAUUUGCGCGCACAAUCAACGGACAGGCGCCGACUCUGUGGGCAUCUACAAGCCCGGAUCCUUCGAAGAGGGACCCCGAGAGCUUCGGGGAAGUCUAUACGAUGCCGCACAAGCUUGAAUGGGAUAUAACCCCGGAGCUCACCAUCGCGGUCCGCUUUGCCGAGACCAGGUUGGCCGACCUGAUCGAGCAGAACGAGUUCGAGUGUCUCGAUUUCGGCGCCUAUGGUAAGAACUUCAUGACGUCGAUGGGUUUCUCUCCCGACGCAUUCGUGCAGAUGGCGUUCCAGGCCGCCUACUACGGGCUGUACGGCCGGAUCGAGUGCACGUACGAGCCGGCCAUGACCAAGAUGUACCUGCACGGGCGGACCGAGGCCAUCCGGACGGUCAGCGACGAAUCCCUGAAUUUCGUGCAGACCUUCUGGGCCGACCAUCCCGCCGAGCAGAAGGUCGACGCCCUGCGCAAGGCAUGCCAGCGGCACGUCAACACGACCAAGGAUUGUGCCAAGGCCCGAGGCUGCGACCGCCAUCUGUACGCGCUCUUCUGUCUGUGGCAGAGGCUGGUGGACGACGAGGGGGCGAGCAGCAUAGGGAGCAACGGAUAUUGGAGUCCGUCGGACGGCAACUCGGAGCGCGGCGGGUCGGUCAUCGGCAGCCCCGGAAAGGACUCGGUCCUGGUUGCCGAUUGCGAGAACGGGCCAACCUCGACCCGGCCGCGCGGGGAGAGCGCGUCGUCGUCCCGGAACGGGAGCCACCACCAGCUGCCCAUGAUCUUUGCGGACCCGGGCUGGGACAAGAUCAACACGACCAUCAUCUCGACGUCUAACUGCGGCAACCCGUGCCUGAGGCAGUUCGGCUUCGGGCCCGUGUCGGGCGACGGCUUCGGCAUCGGGUACAUCAUCAAGGACGACCGCAUCUCCAUCUGCGUGUCGAGCAAGCACCGGCAGACGCGGCGCUUCGUGGACACCCUGGAGAGCUAUCUGCUGGAGAUCCGCCGCAUCCUGAGGAUCACGUCCAGGAAGUCCAUGUCCGCCAAGCAGACCCGCGCCCGCGAGAUUGACGAGCUCCGUCCCAAGGCGGUCCACCACAAGCCCAAGUGGAGGGGCCGUCCCAUCCAGGCCCCCGAGACGCUCAAGUCGCAGAAAUCAAUCACGGACAGCGCGUCGCCCACUGAGGGGAGCGUCGUGACCAGUGAUGAUGACGAGCUGGGUGGUUAUGGAUUCUUCGAUGCCGGCAUGCUACUCCAGGCGCUGAAGGCUCGAGGCGGGGCCCUCGACAUCGGCGAGACCAAGCCGUCGGAGCGGGCUGCCGUCCAGGCGCGGAGGCGCGAGGUCGGCAAGAAGCUGCGGCUGAUCGAUUACUGAUCGUGCCUCUAGUCUAGAGCCGAUCAGGGGAGGCAGCAGGAAAUCGCCGUGUAGUUAGCGGUGGGGGGGAUCUGUUCUUUGUGAUGGGGGUGUCCAUAUGUGGCG